AUGCAAAAAUAUCAAGACAAAAAGGUGAAGAAAGAUACAACAGUAACCUUGAUCAUUGAUCAAAUCAUUGCAGAAAAACCAUGCGUUUGUUUGAAGAAAUACGAAGCUAGAAUCGACCAAUUCGAAAAAGAAAAGAAGAAACCUUGUAGUUGUCGCAGAGAAGCACAAAAAUUGAUAGAAACGCCGUUUUGUCAAUGUGAGAAAUGUAAAGAAGAUCGGAAACAGAAAGCUGAGAAGUUUAUUAUUGGAGGAAUCAAGGAAACGACUGAAGACAAUGUUCCAAUCAUUGAAGGUAUUACAAGUGAACGCCCUUGCAUUUGUGUGAAGCAAUACGACGAAAAGGCCGAUAAAUACGAAAAGUUCCAAAAACGCAAACAAUUAGUUUGUUCGUUGAAGCAACAACAAGACAAAUAUAUCAUUGAUGGUGUUGUUAGUACUCCUGAAGGUCCAAUGUAUGUCAUUUCGGGGAUGCGACCCCCAAUUGAUUGUGCUUGUGCUAAGAACGCUCGCAAGGAAGAAGAGGAAAAACGCAUGGAGGCCAUAAUGCCACAUGCACCAGGUGGAAGAAUCCGAUAUGGGAUUACUGGUGUUAAGGAAACACCUACCGGAAAUGUGUAUAUCCUUGAUAGUGCUCUACCGACCGAAGAGUGUGACUGUAUGGCUGUUUACCAACAAUUCGAAGACGAACAUUUUCCUUGUAUGGGCUUGUACGAGAGAUAUUUGGCACAAACGAAAGAUGCAUACAAUGAGUUUAUGAAGGAAAUGUUGCCUCCAAGUAGUAGACGAUCAAGCGUGACGAGUUCGGUCUUUCGCCAAAGUGUUGUGGAAGGUGUUGAAAACGUAAAGCUUGAACCGGUUGAAGAAGAAGAAAAACAAAGUGAAGUUUCUUCACCGAAAUCUGAGCCAUGUGUGAAGGAAUCCAAACUGGACCAAGCAAUUGAACCAUGUGAAAAAAAAUCACAUCCAUGUGCAAAAGAAGAAAACAUUGAACCAAAAGAAAAGAAAUCAAAGUUAUGUUCAGCUUGUUCUCAGAGUUAUUAUGCUGCGUGUUGCAGUUGUGGUCAAGUCGAAUGUAAAGACUGCACGUGUGGAAAAGUAAUCGAGUGUGUUGAUUGCACGUGUGGUCCCGAAGAAGUCGAAGAAGAGGAAGUUGUUGAAGAGGAGGAAGAGGAACAGGAAUUGAAACGAUUCUUCAUUUUUGACAAAAUUUUGUGCAAUCGUAGGUGGCAAAAGAAAGUUCUGAAAAAAGCUUUACAAAGUAUGGCCGAUGAUGGUUACCCUUUAGCUAAACUUCCAGAAUGCUACAAGUUACCACACUUCAAGCUUUGGAUGCAAAUGAGGUGCGGCAAAUUUUGGACUCAGGACGAUAAAUAUAACUAUGUCUUCAAGAGCCGAAUCUUAUGGAGGCAUUGCGAUGUGUGCAAUGUCAGGCGUAAUCCGUCUCCAAAAAUGCCGAUCACUCUUCAGGAAGCUCAUAAGAUGAAUUGGUCCCAAGCACCUGCUAUCAGAAACAUGGCAAAUGUUGCAAUUGAGAGAUUUUAUCGCACUGUGAAACAGCACAGAGUCAAUUUUGGCCGUGAGUUUUUCCCCACAACUUUUUCCUACGAAUUUCCGUUUUCGACGUGGAGAGACUGUUACUUUGCAUACACUCCUUCAAAGGAAAAAGAUGUUUUGGCACGAUUUGUGUGGCAAAAGUACGAUUUUAAAAAUUUUGCCGACAUGCAAAGGGCUUGUGGUUAAGUAAUAAAAUGGAAUUUGGUUUGUCCCCAUUGCUUUGUGUUUUGGUAAUAAAUAAAUUAUGUGGAAAUGAGGU